UGGUAAAGUGUACCACAGUGUGUGUUGAACUCUCAUUAUCAUCCUCUCCAGCCGGCAGUAAUUAAUAAAGGACAAAUUAUUGUUUGUUACACUGAACUGAUGGCAGCAAAAUCUACCCAGCUUUUUCUUCGAGCACUUACUGAGAUCUCCGAGAGUCGGUCCUUCAGUAUGUUGAGAAAAAACUCAAACCAACCCAUCAGAUGUUUGAGCUCAUUUGGUGUGUUAGGGACACGAAGUAACAGCUUAACGCUGUUUCCUGUGAUGUUACAGUCUGUCCCCACUCGCAAGUUCAUUAACCUGGCUGCCCCCAUCUUAGCACGAAGAAUGGAGUACUCUGAGAAUAGGACUAUUAGUUACUCAGUGGAGCAGAUCUUCAGCAUAGUUGCCAAUGUGGACCAGUAUCACCAGUUUGUGCCUUGGUGCAAGAGGUCAAAGGUCAUAAAGAGGAGGAAUGGGUAUGUGCAAGCCGAACUGGAAAUUGGAUUCCCCCCUAUUAUUGAACGUUAUGUGUCUGACGUCACAGUCAUCCCUAACCACCAAGUCCGGGCCGUGUGUACAGACGGAUCACUCUUUAGUCACCUUGAGACGUUGUGGCAGUUCACACCUGCUUCUGGGAACCAUGGAGAUUCCUGUAACGUGGAGUUCUGUGUGACAUUUGAGUUCAAGUCCCUGCUCCACUCUCAGUUAGCUACAGUGUUUUUUGAUGAGGUGGUUAAACAGAUGGUGAAGGCUUUUGAGAUCCGAGCAGCCAAGCUUUACGGCCGCCCUCAAGAGACCGGCAGCAGGAUGAGCGCAGCCUGAGAGCUCUGCUGUGAGGGGGAAAAGGUGUCUCAGGGAAAAAAGGACUUUGUAGAAGAUUAAUAAAAAUCACAAUCACAGUGUUUUAGCUCCAAAGAAGACUGGCUCGUCUUUGUAAUAUUGUCCAGGAUCUUGGACUAUGCGCCUCACUCGUGCAUACUUCUAUGUGUACAGACACCCACAAACAUGAUGGCUUUUUAUUUAUUUAGUACAAUAUUUUAUUAUAAAUGUUUUUAUUUGUGAGAAUGAAGUGAAACAUUGAGUGAAUUUUUUUUUUGUGUGGAAAUUAACACUGGAGAGAUGUUGAAAUUAACACUGGAGAGACUUAAGAGAAAUUGUUCCUGGCUUCUGAUUACAUUCCACUCACUGUAAAUGGGAAUUAUUAUUAUUAUUAUUUUCCCCAAGCAUACAUUUGUGUCUUAUUUUUUCAGAUAUUUAUUAAGUGUUUGAUCAGACAUGUUAUAUACUUCAUUGUCACAACUCGAACACUCUGCUUCUUUUGUGAAACAUGGUGGUACUCCAAGAAACUCACAUAAUGGUUGGAUCAGUUAUGUAAGCAUUCCAACAGUGACCACAACAGCCCAUGGAAACGACACACCCACUUUUCUUCCACAAGUCAAUAAGAUUCCUGCCACCUCCGUCUGUCCACACUCAGGGUUUGAUUCUGUAUUCUACCUCUCACUAAUAAACAAUUUUAUGGCACAGAGGAA